CCACCCCAGGACCCCCCCAUUGGGCUCGUGUGUGUGGUGGGCGAGAGACGGAGUCGGGAAGGGAAGAAAUAAUCCUACUACUAGUAUUUGUCAAGCGCUUACUAUGUGCCAGGCACUGUCCUAAACGCUGGGGUGGAUACGAGAUAUUUGGGUUGGACACAGUCGGGGGAUGAUGGAUGGAUCGGACGCCUGGGUCCCCUCCUGCCUCCCCUCUCCCUGCCACAGAACUGGACCCCCCAGGGAAAGCCGUCCCGUGGGACUCUCCCUCUCAGGGGCCGGGCGUGGGAGAGAGACGUCCCCAUCUCCGACCGUGCCCCUGCCCCUGAGGAGAUGGGGGGAAGAUUUGGGGAUGGGGGAGGUGGGCAACCGUUGCUGAUCCUCGGGCUGAAGGAGACAUCUGCUCCCGGGCCUUGUCUGGUUUCCAUGGAGACGGAUGUCUGCCUGCAUCUCUCUCUCUCUCCCUCCCUCCCUCCUAGGACGUCACAAAGGGUCGGGUCCCCGGCGUCCUGCGCUCCAGCCAGGCCUCAGCCAUGGCCGGGGCCCUCGGCCACCUCCUGCUCUGGUUGGCGUUGCUUGGAGCCCGGGUCCUUAGCUGCCUCCAGUGCCACACCACUUCCAACCAGCGGCUCCACGCCUGCCGCUUCUUUGUCAGCCAAGAAGGACCCCAGCAGCUGCAGUGCCUGCAGCUCUUCUUGAAGGCCUUCAGCCCCUACGAAGACCUGAAGAUUCGUUACACGGAGAGGGGCAAUCUGAAGGACUCCUUUGCGGACAUGCUUUUCUCUCUGGAGGAGAAGGCUGUGGCCAACGAGUCCUUCGAGACAGCCAUCCCUGAGGCCGCCCAGCACCUGGAGGAGGCAAUCAGCAAACUGAAGAAAGCCCCAGACUGCGUCCCUCCUUGCGGUUUCCAGGAGGAGGCCCGGCGCUUUCGCUGCGACUCCUGCUCCUCCGCCGACUGCGAUCUCCCCCUGGACUGCGAUAUCCAGGACGUGCCGGUCCUCGAAGGCGGGCGGACGGCCUUCAACUGCACCGUGUCCUUCUCCACCCCUGAGGAUCUGCGCUACGGAUGGAAAUUCGCCCCCAACGUCCGCACCCGGGACCUCUCCUAUUUUCGGGACCUGCCGGGGUCCCACGGGGCCUUUGCACGGAUCCGGCCCACGCGAAUCUCGCACCGUGGCACAUUCGCCUGCUUCCUCCAGGGCCCAAACCGACGACUGCUGGCGCGACUCUUCUUCUACGUCAACGUGACGAGCCGGGCUCUGCUCGGGGAGGCUGAGCUGCAGACCAUGUUCCGCCGGGUCCUGGACCGUGCCCACGUCGCGGGCGACCAGGCCGAGCCCUGGCACCCGACCCUGCUGGAGCUACUGGCCCGGCCGGGGACGCUGACCACCACCAACCUAAAGCUGCUCACGGCGGGGGCUGGCCUCCUGGCCAUGAGCCUCACCCUUCUUGCAGGAUGAGGUCACUGAGGCCCAGAGAAGUGAAGCGAC